UGUUUAAAAAUAAAGGGGGGGCGGGAGCGCCCAGGAAAAUCCGGGCGCCCGCGGGGGUGCCGGCCGCUCCUCCCGCCGCCCCGCGUCCCGGCCCGCCCGCGCCAACCCCCCCGGCGGCCCGCAAGGGGGCGGGGGGAGGCGGGGCGGAGGAGGAGCCGCGGGCGCGGCGCCGCGCUGUCCCCGGCCGCCGCCCGCCCCACUCCGCACCGCAUGUAAACAGUCCCAGCCGGCCCAGCCCGGCCCCGGAGGAGCCCGCGCAGGCCGAGCCGAGCGCCGCGCUGCCCGCCCGGGAGGAGGGCGCCGAGGAGCGGGAGGGCGGGCGGCGGCGGGAGGCGGGCGCGGGGCCGCGAUGGAUUUCCAGCAGCUGGCCGACGUUGCGGAGAAAUGGUGCUCCAACACGCCCUUCGAGCUCAUCGCCACCGAGGAGACCGAGCGCAGGAUGGAUUUCUACGCCGACCCCGGCGUCUCCUUCUAUGUGCUGUGUCCGGACAACGGCUGCGGCGACAAUUUUCACGUGUGGAGUGAGAGCGAGGACUGCCUGCCUUUCUUGCAGCUAGCACAGGAUUACAUCUCCUCCUGCGGCAAGAAGACGCUCCACGAAGUCCUGGAAAAAGUCUUCAAGUCUUUCAGACCUUUACUGGGGCUUCCGGAUGCAGAUGACGAUGCAUUUGAAGAGUACAGUGCUGACGUGGAAGAAGAGGAGCCAGAGGCGGACCACCCCCAGAUGGGGGUCAGCCAGCAGUAAAUCUGGGGGCUCCCCUGAGAAGGAGAGUGAGCCCCACAGUAACCUAGGUGGGGUCACUGCCCCUCCUGGGUUAGCAUUUUGCAUUAGCACUUCGAAAUAGGACAUCUGGCUCCCAGCAUCCAAAUUAAAAUGAAAUACCUUUUUAACGACCACAAAAUAUCUGUGAUGAGCUUUGCUCAGAAGUGACCUGAAUUUCACUCCCGCUUCAGUGGGGUUUCUAUGGAGUUGUCUUGGUAGCCUUUGCCAUUUUGAAUUUAGAGUCCAUUUUGUGGCUGACUAUUCUCUUAAGUUUAUGUUGGAGAAUUAACAUUCGCUGACUCGAAUGUAGAGAACUCUGAAUGUAUUAAGGAUAUGUUUUGAGUCCUCACAGGUGACCUUACUGAGGGAAAGCAUGGCAGAGAAGAAAUGCAGUCUGCACUUUUUAUGUACUUUUUAAGUGUCCGUAAGUGAAAGGUUUUGCUUAUAAAGCAUGAAUUUUAAUAUCUAGUUAUUAAACUGCACAAGUGCAAAUACAAGGGCAGGAAAGGAUAAUCACUUAGCUUUGGACUAAGAGGGUAAGAGAGGCCCAGAAGCCUUUAAGUGUUUUGCCAUUACCGAGUUACCUGGGUAUGUAGCGACUGGUUCGUGGUUAGGUGUAAAUGUUACUUGCUUGUUCGACUGUUUCAAAACAUGCUAAUUCCAAAGCCACUUUUAAAGUCUAUAGUGGAAAAUAUAGAUGGGGUGAAAGAUAUAAUUUAUUGAUUUUUAAAGCUGUUUAUAAGCCGUCCCACGUAUAAAAUGAAACAUUUUACCUUCUCUCUUUCUAAUGAGAUGGCCACUUGUUAAAUCAUGAAAACAUCCAGAAUUCAAGUGCCACUUAAACUUUGAAGCCAUAGAUAAAUUUGUUAGAAAAGUAAACCAGGAUUAAAAGUUUUUAAAAAUAUGAUAGAAUCCUUCUUUACUUUUUAAGUCUUUUAUUUAAAAAAAAGAGUCAAAAAAAAGGAUUCCAUUGUGUAAUUUAUUUAAAAAUUUAAUCACAUAUUUCGAGGGACUUAAUUGUGGUGUAUUUAUAAAGGGACAUGAAGGUAGGAAUCUUUUAAUCGUGGGUUAGCUUGGUUAACAGGGAACGUUUUAAUAAUCAAGAUACUCAGACAACUCACAGAAACAACUUCUGUAAUAACUGGAAAUACUGCUGUUAUCAUUUAGCCAACAAUUACUUACUGGGGACAUCCUUUGUAAUGCUAACAUGGAAUUAUUCCUGGACCCUUCUGCAUCCCUGGUUUUAGUUAACCUAGGAUGCGGAAUGCCUCCUUUACAACACUAGAUUAAACCUAGCAUCUGGAGUGGGUACGUUUAAACAGUCACACAUGUGCCUGUUAGGUUGUGAAAGUUUUGAAUUAAAAACAAGCAGUAGCAGCAGAGGCCACAGAACUUAUGGGAGUCUUGUAUAUCUUCCAGGCAUGUCGGUGUAAACCUGAUUGUCUCGACAUUUUCUGUUUAAUUGAUUGGUGCUGUGAGGAGUUCGGCUGCUCGUGGUAAAACAGCGUACUCCAGUUUUAAGUCAUCGGGUAAAAUAAUAGUACAGUGAUUUCCAUCUGUGCUUCAGUACCCACUUUGUGUUCUUUUCUUGAAAAGUCAUACUAAAGGUUAAUUUCAAGUAAAAUGAAUUUCCUUCCAAGUAGCCUAUUAGUAAAACACAACUUAGUGUUUCAUCCAUUGGGGUGAGCAUAUUCUGCCCUUUGCAGCCCUGCCUGUGUUCUGAUUGGCUCCAUUCAUGAGCAAAGGUGAUUGUGAGCUGUGUAUUACAUAGGUGUCGCCCAGGUUUCGUAACCUCCAUUUUAAUGCAGUAAGCCGCAAGAAUGACUUCUGCAAGUGAAAUGAGGAAGCUUCACUAGCUUGCUCCAUUGGAAGGUAAACUGAAAUUUUAUACGUUGAAGCUUAAAAUCUAAAUUUACGUAUGUUUGGAAAUGGAAUGGACAUUAACAUAAAAUGUAUUUUAUCAAAAAAGUAUUUAGACUUUGACCAAAUACAUGUUGGUAUUAUCAUGUUAAUGUUCUCUGUUUAUAAAAAUUGAGUGGAGAUAGACUCGGCCAUUCUGUGGGCUGAUGAGAAUUCUGGGCUUUGUUUUGCACCAGGGGUAGGAGACAGAGAACAUGUCUGUAUGUUACUUAAUUUCCAUAGCAAAAUCCCAAACAGCAUUAGCAGAUCGAAUUGUUUCUUCUAAAACUUCCUUUUUCUGAAUGGGUACACAUCCCUUCUCGUGCUCACACACUUGCCCACACACUCACUUCUUCCUGCGCUGUGGCUGCUCUAAGCAGGGCUGCGCAUGGUGCAAAGCUGCAGUCAGUGAGCCUGGCAGCCUGUGGUUUCUGUUAUGGAAAUGGUUCCAUGGUGAAACACAUCCCUGACCCUUCACAGACUUACACAUUUACUCACCAGGAGGUGGCAGCGGUGUGGGAGGAGGAGUGUUGACCUUGGACGCAGGAGAGACACCUGGGUUCUAGUUCAAGUCGGCCAAGGACUGUGUGACCUUGACAAGUCUAACUGGUCUGUGAACAAGGGGCAUUUGCCCUUCCAGCUGUAAACACUGCCCUUCUGUGCCUGCCUUAUGUGUGUGUGUGAAUAAGGAGCAACAGUCAAGGAAACUUUUAGGGAUUUGAGAAGAAAAUACAUGUGGGAUCUUGCCAAGGUGCUGCCUUUAGGAUGCUGACCCCCGCACUACCUUAGAACAUGUUGGUCUGUGAGUGCCCAAGCCCCUGAGGGCUCGAUCUCAUGGGGCUGAUGAAAUUCUCUUCCUUAGAGGAAAGGGAAAGGUGAGGCCCCAGAGGACUUAUCUCAGCUGUGCAUGCUCUGCCUGUGGAGACAUGGCUUUUCUUUGUGCUGUGGCAGACUGGGGCUUUGGAAGUGGUGUAUGUUUAACUUACAGAGAGUGAGAGAUGUGUAGGAAGAAUAGCUGGAAGAAAGUGAAAGAUGAGUGCCAGUUACUUUUUGCCCUGUUAUCCAGUAGAGAGAAAGUGACAGUGAAAGUAAAGUGAGAGAGAAAGAAAGAGUGUGUGUGUAUAUGUGAGAGAGAGAGAGAAAGAGAGAGAAUGAGGAAUGCUUGAUUGCUUGUUGUUCACUGGGCCAGCUCUGAAAUCCAAAAUCAUGCCUUGAUAACAUUACAAAACCGUGAUCCUGGGUUUGAGUGAAUCCUAGAGACAUUGUUCUUAUGGCUGCCUGGUUUCCGCAGCCUGAUCACCAUAUCGAGCAGACGUCAAGGAAUCAGAGUGAAGUACGGAGCCAGGGAGGGAGGUGAGGCCCCGUGUAGUGCCUGUCACCACUGUGGAUUCACCUGCACUCAGGUGUCCACUCCUGUCUCCCAGGCCCAAAGCAGCACAUGGUGCAAUUUGUUUUUCCACAGGCAGAGCGUGAAAAGUCUCUUAUGUAGGGAUCCUCCUUGUGUCCUGGUGCCAGAAUUAGGUUUCCAGUGUACUUCAACGAAAACUUCUCUCCUUUAUAGUUGCUGUCAUCUUUCAUGUAUAAACAGAAACCGUCUCUAGCACAAUAUAUUUCUGAAUAUUGUUUCUGUUUCAUAAGAGCACAAUGUACGUGGACCUAGGGGAGCUGUGGUCCCAAGUGUCAUUGGAAUUUAUAUUUUAGGAAUAGGCUUUGCAUGUUAAAAUUCACAAGUUGGGACACUGGUAUGAACAGAUCUGAUUUCUUACAGAGAGGCAUGAAGGAAUAGGCGGGACUUAACUUGGGGUGGGAGGAGAUGAAUAAGGGAGAAUGGGAGAGUUGGGGUCUGACAGUUACCACCUGAGCCCCAGGAAAACUGUUUUCAUUUUCACGGCUGUCUCACUGGGGGCCUGCUUUCCUCAAAGGAACUGACUGUAUGUUGAGAGGCAAUGCCUUGUGUUGGCAUGGCUUUGCCACUUUAAAAGUGCCCCCCAGCCAAGGAGACCAACACGAACCCUGCUUAUCUGGUGGGGCUCUUUCCUUCAGUAAAACCAGCUGCCAGCCUGAGAAGCCUGUCUUUCCCAAAUGCAGGCAGAUCUGAGAGGGGCUCCAGGCACCUGGCAGGUAAAUCACAAAGCAAACUUGGGUGUCCUUGGCAGCGGGGAGGAAGCAGGAGUGCCCCUCCAGGCCAGAGAGCAGGGCCAACCUCCUCACUGUGCUUCAAGGUUGUAGAAAGAGCACAAUUAAUGCUUAAGCGAUCACAGACCCCUCUCCCCUGCAGUGGGUGUUAGCUCCAAAGAGAUGCCAUUGCUGAUCACCCAGUCUUCGGAGAAGCCUAAAAUUUCUUUGAAUUAAAAACUGAUCCUUUUUCAUAAAGACCCAGUCACUUCUCCCAGUUUGGUGAUAACAGGUAUGACACAAGAAGCUGAAGUCUUUUAGAUUUUAUAGAGAGUAAUUCUGAAACCUGCCAGAAUGCUGGUAGCCUGUGGUGUCCAUGGCAAUGGGUGUCCAUGGUAAAAUAUCUAUAGCUUCUGCUCACUGGGCAAAUUGUUAAAUAAUAUGUUGUCUUUUAUAUUUUUAUUUAAAUCUGGAUUACGAAAAUAUAGUACCCAUGAGCAUUUCAUGUUAGAAACCCCAUUUAAAGCACUGUAAGGCUGAAUAGGCACAAGCGAUUAAAAGUAGAUGCCAGGCCACAUAAAAAUAAAUGUUUUAAUUUACUUAGAGCUGUAUUCAAGUUGUUUGAUACCAGACAGAAAGCUGACAGUCUGUUCCUUGUAAACUGCCUUUCCCUGUUUUUCUGUUUUGUUUUGUUUCUCAAGUUUCAUUUUUUACUAAGCCCCUUCUGACACCUAGGCAGAUAAAGAUAAGAGUAGUGCGCAGUACAAAUGUCAGCUCUGAAGAGGAGGAAGUAAAUCUUCAAUGCUAGGGCAGAUCUUCACUAUCCAUGAUCCAGUCUUAAUUUGAGCAUGAGAGCAAAAUUUAGUCAUCUACACAAGAAGCAAAAGCAAGGAAUAGUUGUUGGGUUUUGGGUUUUUGUUUUUUGGUUGUUUUUUUUUUUUUUUAGGCAAGAAGUGUUGCCGGUAGGGUAUGUGUGCUUUCUUUGCCUUCCUAUUUCCUUUCAAAGAAAUCUCUUGUAAAUUACAAAACUGUGAAUUGGGUUGCCAAAAACUGUUGCCCUUCGUUAGAUGCUUCAAACAGUGUAAAUCCUAUACUGCACCCUGUCCACCUCUGCUCCCUCCUCCCUCCCCUGAGAGUGAGGACCUCAUCCGACCAUGUAAUUACCAUUCGCUUGCUAUUAAAGAGCCUUUCAAACUCUG